AUCAAUUCUAACACUAUUUUGUUUUUCCCCUCUUAAGGUGGAAGCAAUACGCAAUUUAUUUGCUGCACUUUUCCUUGCUAGUAUCGGCAUGCUCAUACACGUUCAGUUCCUGUGGAACCAUGUUGAUAUAUUACUUGCAGCUGUUAUUCUGGUCAUUAUAAUCAAGACAAUUGUUGUAACGAUAGUAGUAAAAGCAUUUCGGUACAGCAUCAGAACAGCUUUUGUGGUGGGUCUAUCAUUGGCUCAAAUUGGGGAGUUUGCGUUCGUUUUAUUGAGCCGUGCUUCACAUCUUAAGCUUGUUGAGGGAAAAAUGUACCUCUUGCUUUUGGGAACAACUGCUCUUAGCUUGGUAAACUUCUUCUGAUUUAAUUGCUU